AUGAUUAUAUUUCUUCUAAUUUUAUCAAUAUUUGGCACGGUAUUUUGCACGGAUCUGGAAUUUAGCCGAUAUCGAUCUGCUGAACAAUAUAAAUGUGGAUCAUUUAUGCCGGAUGCAAAUGGUCGUAAAGCUGAUGUUGUCCUCACUUUUUACUAUCAAUCAAUUGAUCAAUUUAUCAGCUUUUUAUCCGCGCCUUUUCCACAUCAAGGUUGGUGUUUUCUGAAUUUUUUUUGGGCUGGAGAAAGGGAGGGGUUGAAAUUAAGAUUCAAUUUAUUGUAACUUGAAAAAUUGAUCCUCGGAAUAUAUUUUCCAUACGAACACAAUUUUCAGACUUUGCUGAAAGUUCAAAAUAAAAAUCAGAGAACCUAGAAAUAUUUUCUGAAAAUUUUUAGCUCUCGAACUUAUUCCAGCAUUUUUUAAGCCUAACACAAUCUUAUCAAUGUGAAAGUAAGAGAUUUAGAGAAAAUAAUUUUUGUGAUCUACCAGAAAAAAAGGUUUUGUGGUGUUCAUUAGGUCAUAUAUGUAAUUUUUAUCAGCUCUCAAAAACCUCAAAAUAAUUUCCCUUCAAGCAAUAAAAAUGUAGAUUCCGUUCUAAAUAGAUGUUUUUCUCUUCUCCCAUCUUCUUGAUUUAUAUUCCAAAUCCUAUGAAGUUUUUUUGUGUCAAAAUAUCUAUGUACAAUUUAAUUUUCACCCAUAUAUCCAUAAAAGGUGUCACUUUCAAGCAAAUGGAUAUUUAUCCCCCUAAAAACUCGAUAAAAACAAGAAGAAGAUGGCAGUCAGAUGCCAUCUUCAACCAUUUUCCUCUCAAUUUAAUUGAUUUAUGUAUAUUAUUUUAUUCAACACAACGUCUACACAUAACAUUUCACACUCACUGAUCAUGUUCUACUUUUUUUGGCCUUCUCCGAUCCCAGAAAAAAAAACUAGUAAAUUUUCGCAGGCUUAGUCAAAAGGAUUACCCCCAAUUUUUCGCCUGAACACACAUUUUACAAGAGGAUGUGUGUAUGUGAUGUGAACAAAAAGUGUCAGUUCAGAAGUUUUUUUUUUCAAAAUGCUACUCGACUCCUUUGGGAGUUCCAUUUUUUUUUGCAAGAGCAGAAAGACCACACAAGAAGUAUAUAUUUGAACAUUGAAAUAGUAAAAUAAAAAUAAGGAAAGGGGAUUUAAAACUAAUGAUAAUCAGAUUACAUCUACGCGGAACCCUGCGCGCAACAAAAUUUUUAAUCUUUUCAACAAAUUCGAUAAUUAUAGUAUUUAUUAUAUUAUUUAUAAACAUAAUAAAUAAAUAAAUAAAUAUAUUUGAAUACGAAAAGAAAAUAAAUCAGUUGUUGUUUGUACACGAUUCGAUGAGGUAAUCUGCGUCUGUACAUAUUUUUGGGGGUUGGCAAACAUACUCGAGAAAUUAACAUGGGGAAGGGGGGUUAUUGUUGGGUACAUUCUUAAUUUUCGAACAUGGUCCCACCAAAAACAAUUAGACGUUCAUAUGUAAUUCAAUAUUUUAUUUCUCACCCCUUUCUCCAUAUGUUCUAAUUUUGACUGGAUAUGAGAGAACAAAAACACAAUGGGUGGUCUCAUGAUAACCUAUUUUCUUCAAAGGGGAGAGGGCUUGAUGAAUUUAGAAAAAAAAAUUUUAAAAUGAGCAAUAGAGCAUUUAGAGUUAGUAAAAGUCCGAAAUUACAGUUUAUUUUACUACCUAAAAAUUUUCCCGCAUUUUGAGAUCUACGAAAUUCAACUCAAAAUUGAGAGAUUUAGAGAAACAUUUUUGAUCUACCAGAAUUUUUUUUAGAUUUGAAGUCUUUUGGUUGUAAAUCCAUAAAGAUGAUCUAAGAAUUUGGAACUUUUUUCGGAGUUACAGUAUCUCCAGAGGCCUCGCUCAAUUUAAGCUCAUUUUUUCAUUCCCCCUUCUUUUUCUUCAAAAAUUCCUCUUUCAGAUCUUCUAACGAAAAAAGCGUUGACUGGCGAUUUGGAAGAGCUACAAAACUCGGUGGAGACAAAGUAUUGGCAGGUAAGGUUUAAUCCAAAAAAUAAAUAGUGGACAUUUGUAACUGAACCGUAAACAAGCCACUUCACAGUUAUUUACAAAUAGCAAUGCACGGAAAUGUGUGUAUAUGUGUUUUUUUUGCCGCGCUCGCGCGGAAUAGGAAUAGCAAUAGGAAAUGAUUCAUUUUGGCAAUGCGGAAUUCUUUUUGUUACGCUUCAUUGCAAACACUUUUAUGUAUUGUAUGAAGGAUCAAAUUUCGAUCAUCAUGUUGCCUUUUCGUCACAAAAAUGUUUCCCGGGAUUUUGCUGAUUUUCUCCCUCACAUUCAAUUUACUCAAGUACAUUACAUAUGUUUUUUGCAUACUUGAAAAAGAGAAAAAUCAGUGCCAUUCUGAAUACAUAAUAGGGUCGAUAACUACUUGAAGUUGUUUCAAAAGUUUUUUUUCUCAAAACGAAACGUGAUCAGUGAAUAAAAACUAAAAAGUUGACAAACAAUUGGUAGCCUAGAGCACGAAUUAUUUUAAAAGAGGUGAGCUUUGUUUGCUCGCCGGAAAAUGACCAAAGCAAAAUGUUACCUUGGAAUGAAAAGAAUUGAAAGAUUUUGAAAGAAUAAGGAAGGAAAUACCUUAUUUAUUGGAAAAAAAGGAAAAAAUGGGAUUUUUUUCAGUGGCUCGAAUGGCAGAAAGGAUGGAUUAUUGCAAGUCUCAGUUUGCUCGCUUUCAGUGUUUUCUUCGUUUUCUCCUAUAUUUUGUACAAGUAAGUUGCAACAAGAUUUGAAAGAUUUAAAAUAUCUGAAGAGAUUCACGAUUUUCCGGAAAAAAAACUAGUUAGAGAACAAACUUUGUAGGCUUGAAUGACAUGGAUGAUUUUAAGAGAAAUGUGAGAUUAGAAUAACCCGAAGAUAGUUAAUGACGUAUGAGGUUUAAUGUCCGAAUGGGAAACUUGCAAUUAUUUUAUAUAACUAUGGGAAGUUGGAACAAUAAAGAUCAAAAAUAAAACCAAUUAUCAAAAUAUUUCGAUUAUCAAGAGUAAUGAAAAUUUGAAAACCCAACUUCAAUCAGAACUUGAGAACUCAAAUAAAAUUAGAUUACAUUGAUCACUAGUUUGAAAAGAUUCGAUUCCCCAAAAAUUUUCUAAAUUUGCUCACAAAAACCAUCUUCAGAAUCUGCUCCUGUUGCUGCUCCAGCUCUUCCAAAAAGCAAACCACCGAUGCUCGUUAUGAUGGCUGCAAAAGAAGCUUGUGCAAUCUUCUACUUUUUGGACUCAUUGGUCUUAACGCGUAAGUUUUUUUUUAGCUUCUAAAUAAGAAAAAAAAAACAAGACUUCUGAACUCUAUAAAAAUAUUCUAGAUUUGUCGCAUUCACUUUGAUGAUGACCAGUCAAUAUGCUCAAUUUGGCCUCGAUGAACUUCCAAAUCGAAUGAAUCAAUGUAUUGAUGAUUUGAAUGUUUACAAAAGAGAUAAUGAUAUGGUAGGAAAUUAUAUAGGAAUCUUUGAAAAUAAAUAGAUACAUUUUCAGAGAAUCCGGAAAUUGUUGAUUGAAGAUUAUCAAAUGUUGAAUUCAACAAUUAAUACACAACUUUCAUCAGCUGGACAUAAUGUUGUAGAUCGAGUUAAGAAAUUGACCGGUGCUCAUGUUAUUGAUGUUUUUUUGAAUGUCAGCAAAGGUAUACAAAUGUUUCUUUUUUAUGAUUAUCAAUGAAAACAAUUUCAGUGGCUCAAGAAAUGCAAACAGAUUUGGAAUAUGUGAAUGAUAAGAUCCGAUUCUUGAAUGAAGAAGGGGCUCGAUUUGAAGCCGAGUUCUCACGAUUGAAAAAUACAGCUAAUGCAGAGCUUAUGAAUUGUAUUGGUGAAGAAAUGGAGCCGGUUAAAAGUAUGUGCACAAAAGCUGAAAGAUUAUUGGACAGUUUAGCGGUUACACAAUUCAAAAUUGAUCCGGUUAGUUUUUUUUUUCUGAUUCUUUUUUUUGGAACAAGAAUUCCAUCCGAUUGUAAAUAAAUUUUUGUGUUUCAGAAAUUCAUCUCGAGCUCAACUCAAAAUGCUCUAACUGAAAUUGUCAACGCAAACAUCUCAAGAGUUUUGGGAGAAUCAAACGCGCAAUUUGAACGACUUGAAACAACUAUUCAACAUGAAAUUGACAAGGAAACACAUUGUAAGUUAUCUAAAGUACGAAUAACAAAAUUCAUGAUGAUUUCCAGUCGCUCAAAAUAUGCUGAAACAAAUCGGUGAUGAUCUUUUUGUUGUUGCUGAAACCAUCUCAACACAGUUGAAACAAGUCAACUUCGAACCACUUUAUAAUUCAGUGUCUUAUGUUUCGGAUCCAAAAAAGACACCAACAAUGAAAUAUAUUCAAUACAGGUUUGCACCGAAACUAUUUUUUUUCUAAUACUAAAAAUAAUAUUUUGCAGCUGGUAUGUUUCAUUGGUUGUCACUGGCCUUUUCGUUCUUCUCGCAUUCUGUUUCUUGUUCGGAAUUUUAUAUGGAAUUUUCGGAAGACGCCCAACAUAUUAUAAUGAUGAUUGUUGUGUUAGAACCACUGGCAGCAAGUUCUUCUCAUGUGGAAUUUGGAUAUUUUUGUUGCUUUUUGUAUUCUUGGCAUUCGCAACUGCUAUUAUUUUAUUCGUUAUGGGAAAUGCCACGAAUCUUGUUUGUCAGCCAAUGAGAAAUCCGUUGAGCAGACCAGAUGCCUUAUCAGUAAGUGUUUUUCUACAAUUUUCAGAAAAUAAAUCCACAAACAAUAUAUUUUUUAGCUUGCUGAAAGAUAUAUCGAAAUCUGGAAAGAAACCCACAAACCAACAAAUGAUGUUGAAAUUUUGCUUGAACAAAAAACCCCAGCCGAAGUUAUUCGAGCUUGUAGUCGAAAUGAGACACUUUAUGAUAUGUUUGAUUUUGAUAAGAAAUAUCAUUUGAAUCAACUCAAAGAAUUCGAAAAAGAAUCAUACAACCAACUGCAAGUGUUUUUGAAAUCAACAAUGGAAAAAAUGCCGGAUAUUCGUCCGCUUGACGCGUUGAUUUCUCGAAGUGAACUCAGUGAUCUUGAAAAAUUGGCAACUGUUAAUGUCACCAAAUUCAGUCAACAAGGUUUGAAUGCUAUUAAGCAUGCGAUGGAUGAACUUGAUCUGAUCUCCAAAACUCGAGAAUUCGAAGAGAGUUUGAAUGUCUCAUCUGGAAAACCUAAAGCAGUUAGCCUGGUUUUGGAACAAAUUAAUGAAUUGGAAGCUCAGUUUGCGAAACCACUUCGUAGUCGAUUGAAUGCCCUUUAUGAAAAUAUUACCACCCUUGAUCAAAAGUAAGUUUUCUCUUUGUUUUUGAUUAUUAGUUUUUAAUAUUGAAAAAAUAAUAUUUCAGAUUGACUCAACUUCAAGUUCCUGUUUCUUCAUUGCUUGUCAAACUUCAACAUGCUCAAGCGUUGCUUUCGGAGAAUAUGAAAGAUCAUUUUAGUCGUGGAGCCAAGGAAGAAUUUGAAAAUAUGAUCGCAAAUGUUGAUAAAUAUAUCGAACAUGUUAAAAUCCAAAUGCAAACUGAGGUCACAUCUUGUCGCCCGCUGGCUGAAAUCGCAAAAUAUACAACUGCUGCAGUAUGUUCAUAUACUGUUGAUCCAUUUGUAAGUUUUCUGGUGUGUAUUUGAUUUAUAAUUUAUACUUUUUCAGAAUGGCACAUGGAUGUGUAUGCUGAUCUGUUUGAUUCUCCUUGUUCCAAUCACAGUUAUCUCAAAUUCUCUAAUCGGACUCUACUCAAAAAUGCACGCCUUCCCGAAAUAGUCAGUUAUCAUAUUUCGUUCUCAAAACCUUCAAUAUUUUCAGCAUCGUUGAACCACCAUCGGAAUCUCAUCAUAUGUCAUCAUUCAUCACCGAUACUUAUGAUACUAGACCGAAACCGUGAGUUGUCGGCAAUGAAAAAAACAUUUGAAAUUUCGAAAAAAUAUUUUUUCAGAGGUUAUGCUAACUACACUUAUACAGAUGAUUAUCAACGAACAUAUCGGUGAAUCCAAUAAUUUUUUGUUUUUCUGUUUUUUUUUUCAAUUUUCAUGAGAUAUUCAUUUCUUUUUUGACGCCUGCGGAUUUCUACUUAUUUAUAUAAUGUAUUCGAAAAUGUGUUUCUUUUUCCCUUUCAGUUUCAACAUUUUAAAUAAUUCCGUUAUGAUUUACCCUAAAUACGAGUAUUUCCCGUUUUUAUGUAUAGUUAGUUUCUUGGCCCAUUCAAACAUUCACCACGCAAAAAAAAACGUUUUGUGCCAUGCCAUUUUCAUAGAAAUUAUUGUUUUUUGUCAGAAAACCUCGAAUUGAUCUUCAUUUUUUCCCAUUUUUCAGUUUUUUCUGAACUUGCUGAUGUUUUUUUUUCAUAUCAGUUUGUGAUAUUUUUGGGGUUCUUUUUAUUAAUUUUUUUUGACAUGAGAAUAAAGUUUUGAAAAAAAAAGAAUCUUGGUUUUUUUUGAGAAUUUCUCGAAAAGGAAGUGGAAAAUGUUCUGAAAUUAAAUUUUGAUGAAAAAAAGUGUAAUACACUGACUCGAACAUGCUGAAAAUUAUCCCAAUUCCGAAAAAAAUGCUAUUACCUUCUCUAAAAUUAAUUAUGAAGAUUUUUAUUUGAAAAAGUUCAAUUUAUGUCCGGAAAGAAUUGGUCUGAAUUUAUUACUAUCUUUUUCGAACCUCACCUCAAACCGGACUGAUAAGAAAUAAAAACUAUAUUGAUUUAAUUCAAAAUUUGGCAAGAUUUGAUUUAUUUCUCUCUAUAUGCACCCACUUUUUUUUCUUCUUUCUAAAUUUGCAAACAAAAAAUAACUAAUUUGACCUCUCCCCCUUUUGUCCAUUAUCUAAUCAAUAGUGCGCGCAGAGACAGCGUUAACUACAUUGUAGUCAAAUGUGAUAGGUAAAUGUGUGGACGACAUUGAUUUUUUUAUUUUUGUUUUAUGUUUUUGUUAUGUUAUUAUUUUGUUCUUUGACUUCUUUGCAAAUUUUUUUUACAGUUUUUAGAAAUUAUUUUUGAAUUCAAAUUAAAAAUUAUAUAAAUUAUAGGUCUAGAAAAAUGGGUAGCACAGUUCGAGCAUCACAUUUGACGGCAACUUCAUCUUCGGUAGCCGAAGCAAAAGGUCCAUCGGUUUUUGACAUUUUGGCACAAGAAAAUUUGGCAACAUCAAUUCGACCGGCUUUGCAACAUCUUGUCAAAUAUUUGGCGAUUUUCAAACCAAAAACUUUUGUCACAGUUCAUCGUAAUUUCGAUGAAUUUUAUUUGUUGUUUGAUCUAAUGCUGGAGAAUUAUUAUUUGAAAAAUUAUGGUGAGUUAUAUUAUUUUCGUGAGAACUUUUUUUCUAGUCUAGUGUGAAAAAGAUUUUGUUAUGAAAAAAAUAAUAUACUAAUUCCCUUUGCUUUAGGCGCUUCGUUCACUGAAAAUUUUUAUUCAAUGAAACGUGUGCACACAAAAACGGGUAAAAGUCCAAUUGAUGGACGAGAACGUGUUAUGUCAUUGAUAACUUUGGUUGGAUGGCCAUAUGUUGAGGAUAAAUUGAAUAAAUUGUAUGAUAGAUUGAAAGAAGUUUAUGAGAUUCGAACUUGGGCAUCGAUUAAGGUGAGUAUUUCUGUCGUGGACAUUUUUAUCUAUCUACAUAUAAUCCGUGUUGCAUUCCAAAAAUUAUGCAAUAUGUAUUCUAUCUUGGUUUUUAUUUUAGAUAACACAAAACUUUGUUAUCAGUUAUUUUUCAAAAAAAUUAAAAUUAGAGGAUGUUCCAUCAAAUUUCGAGGAUUUACCUAAAAUGAAUACGUGAAAAAUUCAAUUUUUCGUUCGGUUGCUACAUUUUUGGUUGAUUUUCAAAUGAAACUUCUGCAAAGAUGUUUAUGGGUACAAUGUAGUGUACAUAUUACACAUUUUUUUGAGAAGUGAAACCCAUAUAUUUUUUUCUGUUUUUUUUUCUCCUGUAACUAUUUGUUCUGAUCUGACCCAACAUAAUCUGUUACAAAACAAGCAGAAAAAUUUCAACCAAAAAUUAUUCUCUCAAAAAAAUAGAUUUUCUAAAAAAAAUUUUUUGUUUCAUAGUUACUUUUAUUUCAAAAUUUACAGGAUAUUCCAUCGAAAUUAAAAAAGUUAUUUGUUAUCAUCUGGCCCUAUAUCAAAUCUUGCAUCAAGGCUAUCAAGAGUGCUUUGCAGUUAGCGUAAGUUAUCUUGCCAGAAUUCACAAAAAAAUCCACCCGAAUUCCAGAUAUAUCUUGAACCGCAGUUCAAUCCAUUCACCAUGGCUCUAUUUCGCCGGAGUCGUCCUCAAACAUCUAACUCCAGAAGAUUUAGAAUCAUUUAAUUCAGUUCCGCUUCAUUUGAAGACUGGAUUCUUCAAUCGAAUUUGGAGAUUUAUAUUAGGUCUACCGGGAUUGGUGUCAAGAAUGUUUGCAUAUGGCCUAUUCUUUGUUCAAUUUUUGGAUUAUAUGUAUAACACUGAUUUGGGAGGCGCGGGUUUGAAACAAAUGGCUGCUGGAAUUGUUACACCACCACCUCCACCACACAGAAUGGUGAGAUAAUUCAGGGGUUUCAAAAAAUGUUUUUUUUUCUUGUUUCAGAUUCUAAAAGAGAGUGAAGUGUUGAGUUUGGACACUAAUAAAUGUCCAAUUUGUAUGAAGCAAAGAGUAAAUGAUACGGCACUUUUUGUUUCCGGAUAUGUUUUUUGUUAUACUUGCAUCAAUCAAUAUGUUAACACUUAUCAGAAGUGAGUUUCAAGAUUCAUGUGAACCUCUAAACGUUUAUUUUUUCCAGAUGCCCGGUGACUGGAUGUCCAGCAACUUCUCAACAUCUCAUUCGUUUGUUUGUUUAA